UCUAUGUGUUGGUGUGAAUGAAUGAGAGAGGGAGGGUGUGAAUAAGUGUGACUGUACUGGGCUCAGCGUGAUUUACGGCUCUGCUGAAAACUGCUUUCCCUGCAGCUUCAGCACCACCACCAGCAGCAGCAGCAGCAACAAGUCAGGAUUCAGAGAGUAAUGCAACAGAACACUUUUGAAGAAAGCAGACACCCCUGGCAGGAAUCAUUUGAAAAUGUCAGUAUCUGCAUGCCAUUUCGUUGCCCACGAUGUGGUGACCACACUAGAUUCAGAAGCCUUUCUUCUCUGAGGGCACAUCUGGAGUAUAAUCAUAGGUACGAAGAAAGAAGCCUUCUGACAAAAUGCAACCUAUUUUCUUCCCUCAAAGAUGCAGACUUGCUCUCUUCCUCAGAGACCGUGACUCAAGGAAAACUGGGGAACACCAGCAAUGCAAUAAAACAAAAACCAUCCUACAUGCAUUUUUGUGACACAUCACAUGAGAACCCAAAGAACAGAAAAUCUCUGGAGGUGGAAGCUGAAAGGCCUGUCUCUUUUGUGGCAAAUUACGGGUCAGCUGACUUCACAGAUGAGCAGAUUUCUAAACCUGGGGUUCCUCCAACAGACUCCAAAGCCUCUUUUGAGGCACACGUACGAGAAAAGUUUAAUAGGAUGGUAGAAGCUGUAGAUAAAACAAUAGAGAAGAGAAUUGACAAGCUUACCAAAGAGCUGGCCCAAAAAACUGCUGAGCUGUUGGAAGUUCGGGCGGCUUUUGCGCAGCUGUCUCAGAAGAAACAGGAAGUUCAGAGGCGAGAGAGGGACCUGAACAGACAGGUGGAUGUUGCAGUUGAGAUGAUUGCUGUACUGAAGCAACGUCUUACAGAGUCUGAGGAAGAACUUCACAGGAAAGAAGAAGAGGUUGUUACUUUUAACCACUUCCUGGAAGAGGCAGCUGAGAAAGAGGUCCGUGGGAAAGCCAAGCUCCAACACUUCAUUGAGAAUCUAUUGCAGAGGGUUGAUCUGGCAGAACGACAACUAGAAUAUUAUCAAAAUCAGCAGCUAAUGUACAAUUACAGCGAUCUCAAUGAACACAUGUUUACAGACCUCUCAUCAAAUAAGAAACCCAGAUGCCUAAGCCGAGGAAAUCAGCAUGGUUCAUAUAAUAUACCUGAUGCAAAACCUCAUUCCCUUCAACAAGGUAGAAUGUUCCUAAAGAAAACUAAAGAUGAGAAGAACAGCAUCCAACCAGUUAUAUUCUUCUAUGAGCCUGUCAACUGCUCAAGAGAGCUAUGGAGGCCACAGAAAAAGGGUGAACCAGUGAGCGCUGCCCGAAAGGUGAAUUCAAAAUCCAAGCAGGGUAAAAAAGGCAAAUAGCUCCAGUAACAGAUUAUAUUCUAUAAACAACAUGCCGGAGCUACUGGCACAAGGCUUCAACAAAACAGAUAUUGAAUCAUGUCUGUUAUCUAAGCAUUGUACUUUUUCCUAUUCAUUUGUUCAUGCCAUAAAAUAUUAAAUAUAAAGAUAUAUAAUAUAUACAGUAUGAAAGAAUAUUUAUAUUAUUUAGUAAUUUUGUUUCCACUGGAGGGGUCUAUAAGUGAAGUAACAUUUAUUUAUGUCAGUUUGCAUUUGAUUUUUCUAUUUAUUUAAUGCUAGAGCAUAUUGAAAAUGAUCCCAGUAUCUUGUUGUAUAUUAUUGUGGCCAUAUGUUUUAUAACCAGAGAUUUUAGUGGCAGUAUGUGGUUUACUAACCUCAUUUCCAUCUAUGUCAUUGCAUUAGUUCAGAAGAAUCCAUUUAAUUGGCAUCCUGAUACUCAGUCUUUGCACUUAAUUGGUGUGAUUGCCAGGAAACAUGUUCAGUGACAAAUCACUACAUAUACCAGCACACUUAGUUGUGAGAAGGGCAUUUUAGUGUAAUCCUACAGUGCUGUCUUCAUAGAUUCAUAGAUUCUAGGGUCAGAAGGGACCAAUGUGAUCAUCUAGUCCGACCCUCUGCACAAAGCAGGCCACAGAACCCUACCCAUCCACUUCUAUAACAAACCCCUAACCUAUGCCUGAAUUAUUGAAGUCUUCAAAUUGUAGUUUGAAGACCUCAAGCUGCAGAGAAUCCACCAGCAAGUGACCCAUCGCCUGAUGCACCCUAAAACCGCAUUAGCUUUUUUAACGGCCAUAUCACAUUGGCGGCUCAUAGUCAUCCUGCGAUCUACCAAUACCCCAUGGUCCUUCUCCUCCUCUGUUGCUUCCAACUGAUACGUCCCCAAUCUAUAUCUAAAGUUCUUGUUAUUAAUCCCUAAGUGCAUGACCUUGCACUUUUCACUAUUAAAUUUCAUCCUAUUACUAUUACUCCAGUUUACAAGGUCGUCCAGAUCUUCCUGUAUGAUAUCCCGGUCCUUCUCCGUGUUAGCAAUACCCCCCAGCUUUGUGUCAUCUGCGAACUUUAUUAGCACAUUUCCGCUUUUUGUGCCAAGGUCAGUAAUAAAAAUGUUAAAUAAGAUUGGUCCCAGAACCAAUCCUUGAGGAACUCCACUAGUAACCUCCUUCCAGCCUGACAGUUCACCCUUCAGUACGACCCAUUGUAGUCUCCCCUUUAACCAGUUCCUUAUCCACCUUUCAAUUCUCAUAUUGAUCCCCAUUUUUUCCAAUUUGACUAAUAAUUCCGCAUGUGGAACCGUGUCAAAUGCCUUACUGAAAUUGAGGUAAAAGGUCUACCGCAUUUCCUUUGUCUAAAUAGUCUAUCACCUUCUCAAAGAAGGAGAUCAGGUCGGUUUGGCACGAUCUACCUUUAGUAAAACCAUGUUGUUCUUUGUCCCAAUUACCAUUGACCUCAAUGUCCUUAACUACUUUCUCCUUCAAAAUUUUUUCCAAGACCUUACAUACUACAGAUGUCAAACUAACAGCCCUAUAGUUACUCAGAUCACUCUUUCUCCCUUUCUUAAAGAUAGGAACUACGUUAGCAAUUCUCCAGUCGUACGGUACAACCCCUGAGUUUACUGAUUCAUUAAAAAUUCUCGCUAACGGGCUUGCAAUUUCAUGCGCCAGUUCGUUUAAUAUUAUCAAAACUGUUCAUAGCAGCAGAUUGGUAUUUGCAAUCCUGAAUUUUCUCUGUGCAGCCCUGCAUGUUCAUUUCGUGCUCCUUCCAUGCUUUACUAUAGCUGCUAAACAAAUUGAUUUUACCUAGGGCCAAAUUCCAAGCUGGUGUAAAUUGACACAGCUCAAUUAACUUCAGUGUUUGCUUUGAAAAUGCUGUAUGCUUUGUAUUUUCAGUACCAUUACAACUCCUGCCAUUGUUGAUAAGCUGGAAUUGAACUGGGGCCUACAAUCAGAAGCUACUUUGUCCAUGUCUACACUGCAGUUAGACAUCUGCAGCUGGUCCAUGUCAGCUGAAGCGGGCUCACGCCAGGACUCAGGCUGAGGGGCUGUUCAAUUGCAGUGUAAAUAUUUGGACUCAGACUACAGCCUGAGCUCUGGGACUCUCCCACUUAGUAGAGUCUUAGAGUUCAGAUUUCAGCCCAAGUCUAAACGUCUACACCGCAAUUAAAUAGCUCCUUAUCCUGAGCCCAAGUCAGCUGGCACAGGCCAGCCUCAGGUGUCUAACUGCAGAGUAGACAUACCCUUUGAGUUAACGGAAUAACUCCAUUACCAACUAGUAGUAGUAGUAGUGUCUUUCCCUCCGUGGGUCAGCAGCUAGAGGGAAAGAUGAGUUAUGCUAUGUGCCAGGCAUGUUCCACUGUAAUAUAUGUUUUUAGGCAAUUAAUGAAUAUUUUUCAGCACAGUGUAUUAUGUGAUCCUCUCUUAAUUGGGAUGAUAAUUUAGGAUCCAAUCCUGCUAAUUUUUAUCUAUAUGAAUACUCCUUUCACACACACACAUACUCCCAUGGAUUUCAAAUAAACACAUAUGAGUACAGAUGUUAGAAAUGAUCGCAGGAUUGGAACCUUAACUGGAAUGUCUCUACUGCCACUGGUUUGUGCCAAUUAAAAGGAUUCUACUUGAUCAUAAUGUUCUUCAGAAUUAAUUUUGUGUGUAUAUUUUUGUUAGAAUUAAUCCUUAUGCCAAGUUUAUAAAUAUUAGCAUCCUGUUUAGAUUACUGGCAAGAAUUGUUUUCUUGAGACAAGAAUAAAUAGCAGAGUCAAGUCUCUGUUUAAUUUAUUUUUUAAAUGCUCUUAACAGAAGUAAAUAGUCUUUGUGGAAGCUGGAUUUUAAGGUAUAUAUAUAUAUAAAGAUGUGCAGAAAAUGUUACUUGUUUUUUAUAAUUAUGACUGCGAGCAUAACUGAGUGAGAAGAAACAGAAGAAAACAUAUCACCGUGACUAUUGCUGCAAUAAACUAGAUUUGCAAUAUAUUUGAUAUAGACAAUAACUAAUAUGCUAAAAUGCAGGAAACAACAAAUGUCACACAUUUUUCAUUUCCUAGAAUGUAUCAUAGUGAAGAAUGAAAUGAUUCAGUUCUCACUUUUAUUUAAGAUAAUGUAUAUGGGACUAUCAUGUGUGUGUUUAAACUUUCACAACACUGUUUCAACUGAAAGUCACAGUGUAAAAAAAAAUCAGAUAUUUAAAUUGUUGACAUUUUAAGAUAUGUUUAGAUAUCUCAUUGCAAAUUUAACAUUAUGUCAUGUUAGACGUCACGUGCUGCUAAAAAACCAAUGAUUUGUAAAUUGUAUUGCAUGCUGUUUUUUGUCAGGUAGUAUCUGAUGAGAACCAUCUUUUGCAAUCCAUGCAGCCAAAAAUUCUUUAAACUUUUCUACUGCUUCCCACAUUAUCAGCUUUCUUUGAAAAAAAUUGCAGCUCUCUUAAUGCACAUAGUAAAGGAGGAUGUUUAGAAAGAACUUAAGUAAAACCCAUUAGCCCAUUCUUUAUUAGUCAAGAGUAAAAGUAGACUUCCUAUUUUUCAGUACCUUGUCUACUUUUUGUGGAUGAUAAGUUACCAAAGUUAAGCAAAACUAUUCAUAUUUCACGCAUGAAAGGUUUAUUUUAUUAUUUAUCAGCACUUGAAAUCUCUUCUAUAAGUUGUCCUUUAAAAAAAAAGUUGCAUGUUCUUUAACUUCCUAAAUCCUAAACUGUUAAAGACACCAUUUGCUGAAUCAAUGCCGAACUAGUCCUUUGCAAAGAAGUUGAAAUAUACUGUAAC